AUGGCCGAAACAUUUGCUACACCUUCAUACUCGGUCGAAAAUUAUGCGAGCUACAGGCCUUCAUAUCCACCGGAGUUAUACCAAGCAAUUAUGGACUAUCAUCAGGCUUCCGGAGAGCUAGCCAUCGACUUGGGUUGCGGAACAGGCAUUGUCAGUGCUGAGCUGGUCCGUCAAGGACAAUUUGAUCGCGUCGUAGGAGUUGAUCCCUCGAAGCCCAUGCUGGAUUACGCCAAGAAGACGAUUGCCAACGCGGAGUUCGUCCAUGGCCGGGCCGAGUCACUUCCGUGGAUCGCAAGCGGCUCAGUGGACUUAUUGGUCGCCGGGACCUCCGCCCACUGGUUCGAUCCUACUUGGUGGAAAGAAGCCGAGCGCAUUCUGAAACCGCAGGGCACCUUGGCGGUUUUUAUUUACGGAGGCUUGUGGCCCGACCCGGGUCAUCCUUGUGCGCCGGAACUCCGUGCAACAAUGUUUUCGUUUGCAGAGGAGCUUGGCUUCUCGUCGAUUGGCAAUCGUAUUUGCCAUCACAUGUAUGACGAACUACCCCUUCCAGAUUUAAGUGGCAAAGGGAGUUUGGGAGAUUUCCGGAGGAUUGAUUGGAACCGGCAUGGCCUUGGGAAUCGGCUGGUGAUGGCUGAUCGAAUCAAGCUACGAGCAUGGAGAGAACGCGCCCGCACGUAUGGCCCUGCUCAUCGAUGGCGAAUCGACAAUCCUACGAAAGUAGGGGAUAAAAUGCUCGACCCAGUGGAAAAGACGCUCUCAGCUCUGAUGUCAAUUCUCGAGACUGACGAUGAAGAGAUGGAGAUCGUGUGCGGGCACUCGUUGUCUUUACUUUUAUUCCGCCGACGGGCCGUCCCUUCCGAAUAA